GCUUACCAUGCGGCAGAUGUGCGUCCGUCAUGGGCCACAUUUGUAGCCAUGCUGAAGGGAUCGCCAAACCUCGAAACUCUCACUUUAUCUCAGUCUGGACCCGCUGGUGCGCCUACAGACUGGCAUAGCGAGAGACCUGGCGACGGACUGAGUGAUAUAUUGGAACUUCCCAUAAAAACUCUCGUUCUGUCUUGGCUCAAACCUGAAUAUGUUGGCCCUCUCAUGCGCCGGAUUGCUCUUCCACAAUUGACAUCACUCACUCUCGAGUUCGACGAUGCUGACUAUACGGAGUUUGUCAGGCAGCUCACUGGCCCUGCUACUGGCGUAUCUAACCAAAACGUGCUCGGGAACCAAGCACCCAUUCAGAGUCUGCUGAUGCGUCUCGAAGACUUCAAAAUCGCUAGUCUGCCAUGCGAUCUUCAAUGUAUUGACCUGAUAUAUUCUCAACUUGUGGACCUCAAACAUCUCAGUCUGGCAUGUAAUUUCGUGGACGAAUUAUUCUUCAAGAAGUUGACCAACCCCAUAUCCGGUGCUUCCAAUGCUCCCGUGGCCAUUACCCCAGACUUGACCGCAGUAGCAACAGAACCAUUGUUUUAUCUACCACAAUUGAUAUCGUUGAGAACAUCAGGCAUAUCGGGUCCAGUUAUGCGCGAUGCAGUUUUGGCGAGGAAAGCCGCUGGCAUUCCGUUGCGUGCAGUGUACAUGGACGAGGAAGAUGAAGUGACUGAUACUCAGGCACAGUGGUUCCGCAGGAAUCUGGAGACGUUCGAACGGUUUGAAGCGAGUGAUGAGGAAGACGAUGAUGAUAUAUUUGAUGAGGAUAGUGACGAUGGUAUGCAAGAGGACGAUCCGGACGAUUCAAUGGUUCAGUGUAGAAACUAACCUAAAAUAACCUAAAACGGGAAAAAAGAAAGACAGCAGAUAAGGCAUAAUGUUUGUUUCAAUAUUGCGCGAAUCUGGUUUCAUUCAUGGGCGAAUCAGCAGAGAAGAAAGAAAGGGAAUGUAGACUUGAGUGGUGGUAAUGGACGCAGUAGAAAUUGGGUUCGCGGGUUGGUUUGUGGUUAGACUGAAUCUAGGGUGAUAGAGGUUGAGCUGGGUCAGAAGAUUUACGAUUAUAUGUGUUGAAUUUGUGUAGAAUCAAGUAGAGCUGUUGGAAUGAAAGUCGAUUUACAAUCUUGUCUAAA